AUGCUUAUGACUGAGCGGUCCUCGAUACUUUAUCAACCUUCAACGUCGCCUACACCAGGACGAGUACCUACAUCCCAAAGGCGUACAGUACUUGGUCAAAUAGAGGAAGAGAGCAGUAUUAGACAACUUUACGCGACAUCCUCUGCCAAUGACGCGUCGGUGGCUCGAAGGAACAGGCACCGUCAAGAUGGAUCUAGCAAUGGGUUCAUAAAAGAGGCCAAGGCAUCGCCACGUUUGGAUCCGAAAGGGUACCACACAGGCUCUAAUACAGCCCGUCGUCUGCGGAUCCAAACAACAGACGAGUCUUCCCCUCUAUCUUCGGAUUCAACCCUCGAGCAAUUGGAUCCAACAACGCCCGACGUAGUCGACUUUGCACCCCGGUCAGAUUCUCCAGAUCCACUUGUUAAACCUCAGCGGAGUCCAAAGCUUACGUCUACCGUUGAGCUAGGAAUCAACCCACCUCUCAACACGACCAAGAUGCUCCACCCCUCUUGCGUGUUACAACAUCCUAUUCAUUCUACUUCUGGCGCAUUUCUGGAUUUCGAAAGCGAAGACGAGUUGACGCUCAGCCCGCGCUCCACGCCGCGUCUGAGUAUUGAUCAUGCGUCCUUGUCACCGAAUCGACAAUAUCAUCGUGAAUACAGUCGAGAAGAGGAGCAAAGCGAAGCCGAAUUCGCGAGCGAGUCAGAGUCAUCCUCCUCCGACCUCCAGGCUCUUGACCAAAAUACGCGACCGAGCCUGCUGGUCCGACAACAUUUGUCUACUCGAGGCUCCAAGGAUAUUUGGUCUACACCGCUCUACGUCGUUCCGGGUAGCGACUCGGACGAGGCGGGUAUGGACCGCGCAUUUACCGUAUCCGCGACGCUGACCAGCGAGGAAUUGGAACACGAAGAGGUGGACCGAUCACGCCUGGCGAACUCGGACAAUGAGGAGGAUUUCGUCUCGCACUCUCGUCGUGUUUCCUUGGAUCGAGACUCUUAUCGAAGUCUCUCUCCAGUGACGAGUACAUCAUCGGUUGACAUUGAUGCACACGCGCGAGAAAUUGCCAAAGGAAAGCAACCGCUACGAGGGCGCGCACGACCGCGUUCGCCAACCAGGUUCUGCCAAUCUUCCCGUCUUCAAGAUUCCACAGAAGCGGUCUACUCCUUUCUCUCAUACGAACAUCAAAUAGAAGAUCAUACAAGCUCCUCAAGCGAACCUAGUGGAGAGAGCCCCGAGCGACGGUACCCUUCCCUCUGUGAGGGCUCCGCUCCUAAUCCCUCAUCCGACGAACAUGCUCUCUCCCAGCCCUCGACCUCGCAAGACCCACACGGAGGCGGCUCCGAAGAUGGAUUCGUCAUUCGACCACGACGCCGUUUUCUAGGAGUCGGCAUCAAUCAUCCAAUUGGCUCGUACGCCCGUUUAAUGCGACGCUCGCCGGAACAACGUUCAGUCUCGCCUCCCAUGGGAUCCAUUGGUCCUCGUUUAAUCUCCGAGAGGAGUUUCGAAGAGUCGAGUAGUGACUCUUCGAAUGGCGUCCAUCGUCGACCAAGAAAGCGACGGGCGGCCGUUGCGGACAGUGAGGACGAGUUUGUGCCAAUAAUUCCGGCACCCCACACGGCUGACAGACGUCUAGUCCAAAGCCCGGAAACCUCUCGAGCCAUCCCCGAGGAGAAGCGAGCAGCAUACCUUGACAAUACGUGCGUCGACGACGUGGAUCUGUCGGCCAUUAGGAUCAAGGAGCCAGCUGGGCUACGGACCGAGACGACAAAGUGGUGUCAUAAUUGUCGAAACGCACGAACACAGAACAAGAAUCGCGCGCGGUGUUGGAAUACCGGAACGUCGGGCGACUCGAACAUUCGAUGCAACAAGACAUGGUGCGUUCCGUGUCUUCAGAAAUGGUACGGAUUCGACGACGACGCCGUUUCGUAUGCACUUCAUGGCCACGUUGGCGACGGGCAGGCCAAAGGAACCGGCCUUGGUAUACGAGAGGAUUCCUGGAUAUGUCCCUACUGCCUGGACCUCUGCAUGUGUACUCAGUGCACAAAGCAUCGAGUGCGCGUUCGCUUCCUGCCGAGUAAACACGCCGGCCUUCACCUUAUCUUUGACGCUUCCCGACCCACAACCUCUGGCAACACCGUCGACCCGCCGUUAUUUCCCACCCAGCGCAAGAUCCAAAGUCUGCUCGCUGUUCCUCCGCAUUGGCUACCAAAGACCUUGUACGCGCGACUUUCCAACGGGCGCACCACCACCGACGGCAGCAAACCACGCACCCGUUGUUUUCAACUCGGUGCGGAUCUAGAGGAUGAUGGGCUAUCGGACUCGUUCACCGAGUCGGACGACGAUCGUCGCGGCGUCCCAUCGACCUCGCGACACAACUACCUGGUCGUAGCCCCAGGUCUACGGAUGCCUGCCACGCGCAAGAGGAAGCAAGGUCGUCCUCUUACUCGGACUGGUCUUGCGUCGCUCGGACCCAGCGGUGGGAGGGUGUCGCUAUGCGAUCUCCCCCAGCCUUUGGAUGCGGUCCUCGUCUCAUCAAAUUCAAUUGUCGAGACGUUCGGAGAUGUAGAGAUGGAGGAUGCAUCGUUCGCUGAGACAGAUCCCAGGCAAGAGUCGGUGCCUCGGACAGUCGAUCCGAACCUUGUGUUCAGGCCACCAGCUUCGGACACGACCAUAUCGCUCCCUCCUCUACCCGCCAGUUCACCUAACGAUCAACACCCACGCAUCAACUACGCUCAGCCCGACGAAUCGAUUACCAUCCUUUCCCUCGACUCGACUUCACAAGGGAAUGCGACGUGGUCGACUUCAAUACUUGCCCCCGAUGUUUACCCAUUGCAACCACUCGACUUGACCCCGGAUCCAGGCGAACCAGUUGCGAAUCCGCUUCUAGACCUCGCUGAGCUGACACUCUUUGGUGUUGAGGAGACCACUCAACGUUCAAAUUCUGCAUCUUGUAUCAUAUAA